CAGCUUCGCUGAGAGUGGCGGCAUGGCGCUGGGGAAGGAAGACAGUCGAGGUGAAUGAAAGGCCAGAGGAAUAGAUGUUCUCGCCCGACAUAGAGUAACGUGCGAGAGCGGUCGGGACAUUUUGGUUGUUGCCGUGACGAACAGAGCAAGCUAUGGCGUCUCUGUGUGUUGCACCGGUCAUGCGCGUGGGAAUGCUGCCACAACCUGCCGGAGUCUUGAACCGCUCUUCCAUGCGUUCUGGCUUGACAUCGUCCUUCACUGCCUCGCGCUCAGUAGCUUCUUCUUCUUCAUGCUCUUUCGCAGGUAUUUCUUUGAGGCCAUGUGUCUUCAGAUUACCUCUGCUACAAAGGGGAGGUUUGGUACAAGUUAGGGCGAAGGUUGCUCUUGGAUGCACCAAGAGAUCAAAGUCUCGUAAAUCCGUUGCCCGGGUUUCAGGCUUCCGCAUUCGAAUGAGCACAACCGAUGGACGCAAUGUUCUGAAGAGGAGAAGAGCAAAGGGCAGGAAGAGACUUGUGCCCGCUAGCAACCCUAGCAGCGGGAAGUACGCUUAAACUUCUUAGUGUUCAGUAAGCAUUAUAGUACAUUUGCUGUUCCUAGUCUUUUACUACGGGCCUUCAAUGAGGCCCGAGGCUUGAAAUUCUUUUACCUCAUCGAUUCCGAGACGUUCAUGUUUAGAAGUGGAACUUCAACAUAGCUGUUAACAAUGACACGAUUUGAAUACAUUUUUCCAGUUCAGGCAU